UUAAUGCACCGUGGUUUCCCGCCAGAGAAUAGAGUGAGUUGGGUGAUUUUGGGUUCCAUUUCCUCUCUGCUCAUUACUAGUACUUUGACUAAAAUGGCGUCUUCUUCAUCCAAAACCCUAAUGGAUCUAUCGAAGCAACCAGCAGCAAAGCGUCUAAAACAGGUGUCUUCUACCGAUAACUUCACUUCUAGCGCCUUGUCAUCUUCAUCUUCGCGUAAAGACUGUGACGAAGACCCCAAAGACGUAGUAUCCUUUACGCCGGAGCAAAAGUCGAGAAUGGAGUUCAACAGAUCACUCGCAAAGGCCAAAAGAAACCUCAAACUAUGUUCUGAUAAAAUCUCCAAAUUAAACGCAAACGGUGAAGGGGGCGGAUAUGUGAAGUUACGGGAACUGUUGAUUGAGGAGACAUGGGUGGAAGCAUUGCCAGGGGAAUUUGAGAAGCCCUAUGCAGGGAACUUGUGCAAAUUUGUGGAAAAGGAAAUUAGUGGUGGUGUCCCAAUUUAUCCUCCACUACAUCUGAUUUUUAAUGCUCUUAACACUACUUCAUUUGACAGGAUAAAGGCUGUCAUUAUUGGACAGGAUCCAUAUCAUGGACCAGGUCAGGCAAUGGGCCUCUCUUUCUCGGUGCCUAAGGGUGUGAAAGUCCCUUCUAGUCUGAUGAAUAUAUAUAAAGAACUUAAAGAAGAUUUGGGCUGUUCAAUACCACUUCAUGGAAAUCUGGAACAAUGGGCUGUGCAGGGCGUUCUGCUUCUCAAUGCUGUUCUAACAGUCAGGCAUCAUCAGGCAAAUUCACAUGCAAAUAAAGGCUGGGAGCAAUUUACAGAUGCUAUCAUCAAAACAAUUUCUCAAAAGAAAGAAGGAGUUGUUUUCAUUCUGUGGGGAAACUAUGCCCAAGCAAAAGCCAGGUUAGUUGAUGAAACAAAGCACCAUAUUCUCAAAUCAGCACACCCUUCUGGAUUGUCUGCAAACAGAGGUUUCUUUGGAUGCCGGCAUUUUUCACAGACAAACCAACUUUUGGAAAAGAUGGGAAUGCCUCCCAUUGAAUGGCAACUAUAAGCUGCUUCUCAACCAUCACUUUCGGAAUGCUAGUGCUACAGGGAUUUGCCAUUAAGAAGUGAUUCAUCUAGGUAUGUAGAUUUCAUUGCUUUACCAGGUUCACUUAAAAAUAAUUAUCAUCUGAUAUCUUCACGUACAUAGUAGGCUAGUAGCUAUGGCUGGCAACUGCUUGCUCACAAUCCACCUUCUUGGCAGUGGAUAAUUGCUUGAGAACUGCAGCUUUGUAGCUCAUUACUCUCGUUUUUCUCUUUUGGGAUGAAGUAGCUAAUUACUUCUUUCAUAAUCAUCUCUCAUUUAGUGCAUGUUUUUGGUUGGCAUCCGUUUAGCAAUCUAUCAAGUGAUCUUAUGUCUUUACCUAAAAA